AGAGAAAAGCUUUGAUCAGUUAAAUCUGAUUCCUCGUUUUCGCUCUCUUUUGAGAAAGCAAUCAACUUUCUUCAAAAUCAACCACAUCAAGUAUUCUUCUUUUGAAAAAGGUUUGACGCAAGCAUCAUCACCAAAAACAUCAAGAACAUCAACAUCGUCAUAAAUUAUCUUUGUCGCAUCAACGUCAGCUGCAGCUACACACCUUUUUCUUCGACGUAGUAGAAGUCGAGAAACUAAAAAGAAAAUGUCAUCUCUCAUCUCGUGUAAGCGUGCGGCGAUUGUCGCAGGGUUUUCCACGGUUCAGGGCGUCCGUGUGGGUUUGCAGCGCCACACAUCGUCCACCGAACUGGCGCCGAGUAUGGCGUCGGCGAUGAUGGAAGUAAAGGUACAUGCGGAUGCGAGUGACGCUACAGGAUUCCAAUGCCGUGACAUCGAAUUCGACGGUGCUGGUGAGCCUACUACUCCUUUUUUGACGGCUUAUGCUGCAUUCAUCCAGGAGAAGAUUAUCGGGCGCAAUGGGCUGUUAAAGACCCUAGCCACGCGAAAGAAUAUUGUCGUGUCGGCGAGCACCUUUGAUGACACCCUCAAGAAUCAGUUGAAGAUGGCGUGUCAUCCAACUAGUAAGAUUGAAACAAGCAAGAUGUUGCUACGUGGACAGGUUAACUCGUCAGCUUCUGCGUUUAUCACGGGAAGACAGCAAGAGAACAACUACAACUUCGCGCAGUUGCUUGCGAAAACAUGUUGUCAGGCCACAGCUGUUCCUAAUGUCCGAGCUCUACCAACUAUCCCGGAUGUCGAUACUAUAGAGCGAGAUGAACAAAACGAUGCUGCGUUAGAAACCGCCAUCCAAGCUUCGGUGGAUCCAAAUCAAAGCGCAAACCGCGAACAAGCAGUUCGGGAUCUGCAAGCAGCGCAGGUUCCCGCUUCGGGUGCCACACCGUCCAGCGCUUCGGCAACCGCUCCAGCUGCGGACCCGGCUACCACGAACGUGCCUGCGGCGGCUGCUGCAGCUCCAGCGGGUGCCGCAGAACCUCCUGCGAAGAAAGCGAAGAAGGACAGUCAAUGCUGCGGAGGAAGGUGA